GACGGCUAGACCGAUAGAUAGUAUCCUUGCUCCAGAGUCCAGACAAUCAAUAGAGGCAGUCCACCUGAACCACUAGCUAGCACCGUCGGCAAAUUAAGCUCGUCGAUCCAUGGGGGUAAAGCUCACGCUCCCGCCGGCGGCACUGAUCUCCCAGGUGGCCAAGCUGGGCUCCCUCCUCGCCCUCCUCCUCCUCGCGCUGCUGCUGCCCGUCUUCCUCAGGGUCGCCUACGGCUACCUCCUCUUCAACGGCAUCGUCCUCGCGCUCGGCAUCCAGGCCUUCGUCGGCAGCGGCGGCGCUUCCAUCGCCGACGACGAAGACCGGCACGGGUCUUCCUGUACCGGUGAGGCCGUCGCGCCCGUCGGUAUCGCAGCCUCGCCGUUCCAGAGGGCUGGAUCAGUCCAGCCCGACGAUCGGGAUCGUGUGGUGCUGGUACCUGCCUUUGUAGCGAGUAAUAUAAUCGAGCUGAAGACGAAGACCAAGGAGGUGGUCCUGAAGGUGCUGAAGAAGUGCCCGUCGACGGCGGGCAUCUUCUUCCUCAGCGCGCUGAACGGCAGCCAGGCCGGUGGAGAGGAAACGGUACGUCAAGAGGAGGAGGAGGAAGAUUGUGAAGUCGACAUGGACGGCGACGUGAAGAUGAGUCGGGAGGAGCUGUUUGCCAACACGGAGCGGUUCAUCGGCAACUUCCGCAGGGAGCUCAGCAUGCAGAGACAGUAGCACUACUCCAAGCUAGCAUAGAUAUUUUUGCUUAGCUUUUCUUAUUAUUUUUCUUUAGUUUUUGCGUCAUGAUAUAUAGGAGUAUGUUUAGUGGGACACGUCCUUACUCCACGCGUCUGUCACGAUAGGCUUAGGAUAUUUGGUGUGUUUAGGUUUUCGAAAUUGACAUGAUCGACAUGAACGGUGAGCUAUCUCAAAAAUAAUGAAAUUGACAUGAUCUCAGCUGUUA